UUAAAAAAAUUUUGUUUAUCAGGAAGUGUAAAGCUGUAAAACUCGAAUCAAACGGGAUUGAGAAAUUUGAAAGAGCAUGAUAAAAUCACAUCACUAUAAUUAAGCUUAUGGAUAUUAAAUAUUACUCAUUAAUUAUAAAUAUUACUUAAAGUUUUAAUAUUGUUGAAAUAACAACAGAAUUAUAUAUAGAAAACAUUAAAUAAUUUUAAAUAAAAGAUUGUUAAUAAGAAUUAAUGAAGAACGAUCAUGAAAGUCAAGCUAAACCUUUUGCAAAGCAUUGUACAUUCUUUCACUGGACUAACGUUUUCUUCAACUCUUCAAUUUUUAUUUCGAAAUUGAGGUAAACUCUCUCUACAGUCCAUUCCCUGUCCGCUCCUGUCGCAGGACGAGAGUGCGGAAAAAUGACAGGGCUGAAGACAAAAGAGAGGGAGGAUAGAAGAGGUUCUCUUGUAGUUCUCUUAGGGGGAAAAAAAAACUCGCCGAACGGGUUUUAAAGCGGGACAAGACCGGUACGGAUAUUUAACGUCCUCGCAUAUCGUAAAUCUCUUCGAAAAUAUAUAAUUAGGUGAAGCGUGCCUAUUUCGCGAAUGUGGAAAAUUUUUCAUACACUGCUUUCGGUAUUUCACCUCCCGAUACAUCUUUCACAGAAGCGCCAAUUAUCUCGACAUUUUCCGCAUUACGUUGCGUGCCGUAUCGCAAAUAUAUGUAAUGGUUUAUAAGAUAAAUACAAGACAAAAGGAGAGAUGUCUAUGUUUAUCCGCAUAGAUGUGUCGUAACGUAUCGAUACUUGAUAAAUAGAUAACGACUGAAUCUUUUGCAAUUUUAUUCAACUAUAAUGGCAUUCCAAUGAUUAGAAUGUUAUUUAAUCGAAUCAAGAUUUCAAUAAUUCUUUCAACAACAAAUUAAUUUUUUUAUAUAAUUUUAUAUAAAUUUUUAAAUAAUUGUAUAAAUACCCUGUAGAAAGUAAAAUAGAAAUUAAUAUGUGACAUCUAUUUUAUGACAAAUAUUUUUUGUUUUCUACUAUGCGGGAAUAUUACAUUGUUACGAUAGAUCUAUCUUUCAUCAAUUUGUAUUAUUUUUACAUGCAUUUAUCUAUACACCUUCACGUAUAUAUAAUUAAUUAAAUUUAAUAUUACAUUAUAUUGGCUUCAUUAUUUUUAAAAGAACGAUUUUGCUAUUUUUUUAUUAAUAAUGAUUAAUAACGAUGAUGUAAGAUUUCCAAUAUUUACGCGAGAUUCAAGUUUAGAAAACGUUUAUAAAUAGAUAUAACUCUCCCCCUUUGCGUGAACCGUACACUGUCAACACAGUGUCAUCUAACAAGAAAAAUAAACAUUUUGCGUAGGCUCGACCUUUCGAAAAAUAACGUUGCUCAGAAAGGGAAGAUAUUCGAGCAUGAUCAGUUCUCACGAGUUGAUCUCCUGACAUUGAUCGAAAAUUUGACAAUGAUCGAAAGUUUUUCGAUGUGAGAUUCUACUAUCCACGUGUCAUUCGAUCAACCUACACAUCUAUAGGUAUAUAUGUGUGCAAACUUGUGAACCCUCGUGCCGAGCUUACACACAACAGACGAACAUUUCCCGCUGAUCCGUCCGAUUCCUACGAUGAUGUCCGUGAUACCAAUGGAGGACGGUAACAUGACGAGAAUAAAGCAGAAGCUGAUGAGCAACGAUCCCAGGAAGGAAGAGACGAGAUCCUUCCUAAACUUCUCGCGAGAGAAUUUGAACAUCUCGCAAGCUGACGUGGAACAAGGAUACCACCGAUCGCAAUUAAGACCGACCAGGAAUACGAUCCUGAGUUUGAUCGCCCUUGUGAUCGCUGUCCUUUGCCUCAGCCUCGAGGGUUGGAGGUUCCAACGCGCACUGGUGAACACGCACGAAAUCGAACAGCUGAAGAGGGACGUUGAGACCAUGAAACAUCAACUGUUGCAACAGAAACUCGUGAACGAAUUGAAGGCCUUCGAGCAACAGAAUCAGACGAAACUAAAACAAAUGCUGAAUUCGCACUUGCAACUGUUAGAAGAGCUAUAUGGCGGAGGGUCGAUCGGAGAUAAUGAUUCAAGCGAAACGGACUUUGAUUAUGAGUCUAAUUACGAUGAAGAUGACGAUGACGAUCACAAUGACGACGUUGAUGGUGACGAUAAUGAUAAUAAUGAUGAUGAUGAUGAAGAUGAUGAUGAUGAUACUACAUCGCAGGAGCACCCUAGUAACUACCAUAUUCCAUCAACUAAUGCUUCCAAGUCGUCUGAUCUUUCCAAAAAUACGUCCACAUCGAUAUCAACUUCCGAGUUCAAAACUUUCGACGAGAUGAUUGCAAUCAUCAGCAAAACGCAUCCGAGUGAAGGAGAGAUUGAGAAGAAUGCCGAUCACAUCAGUGAAGAUCAAGAGAAGAUCGACAAUUCAAACAGUACCAAACACAAACGUGAUACACUCGCGAAGGACAUCGCGAAUAUGAAACACGUUAAGAAGAAUUCCAAGACAAAAAGAUUUGUAAGCAACCAUAACGCAGUCAUUAAUGACUCUUCAGCAGAUACGAUAAAGUUGGACAACAAUCGGACAACCACUCCAUACGGGAUGGAUCCUAACGCGAGUGACGAGAUGAUUUACGAUGCAGAUGAUUUUGAUUCAAUAUCAGAUACAUUCAAAGGCUGGGGACAGGGGACGACUGACAAUAAUGGAACAACUGAUGGGCAAACCACGUAUCUCGACAACACGUCGGACAAAAUCAAACAUUCACAGGAUUCUAAAAAGGAUUCGAAAAAAUCGAGCCGGAAAUUGACCCGAAGAAAUUUACGUACACCACGCCAGGUCCGUGCGAUUCAUUACGGCGCAGACAGCACGCUCUUUUCGAGUAACGACGAACAUACCGGUAACGGAAGGGUGCGACACAGUAGUGGUGUCUUCAAGGCCUGGCGGCCGAGCGAUUGGGUUGCUGAUCUUGGCAUGGAACGAUUCUUCAGCCUCGCCGCUGAUGGCAAGCUUACCGUACAUGAAUCGGGAUUGUAUCUAGUGUAUGCGCAAAUUCAUUAUCUGGAUGAACACGAUGAGAACGGUUUUCACCUGCUAGUGAACGACAGGCCUGUUCUACAGUGCAUGGUGUACAGUCCAGGGGUGGGUCAUAAAAGUCGAUCGUGCUUCUCAGCCCAAGUGAUUGUUGUUCAACCAGGUGAUCGUUUGCUCCUGAAAGAAGUUGGGUCUGAAAGAUAUACCCUCUUUCAACAUGACAAAAGUUUCUUUGGAAUGGUGAAGCUUGGCGAAGUGAGACACAUAAAGCGCCAAGAAAAUACGAGUAAAACACCUUAAAAUUACCGAUCCAAUACCAAAAAGAGCACAAGAGAAUGUUGUAGUUAUGAAUCUCUUAGCUGUAAGUUAGCACAAUUUGUACCUAAUGUAAUAUAACAUCAUCCUUAGCUUGCGAAUUAUUUUAUAGUAAACUCGUUCUAUUUUGCCAAAUUGCCAGAUUGCCAAAUCCUUGCUAUAGAAUGUUUUAUAUUAUAAGUCUCUUUACAUUACGUAAUGUAUCAAGCUGUUUUAUUUUCGUCUUAUGUUUCUAUAUUUACAAAAUAAUAUACAUAUCUAACAGAGAUAAUAUAUAUAUUUAAGAAAACAUUUUUUUAUUGGAAUAUAAAUUUUAUAACUACACAGAUAAGCUAAAUAAAACUCUAUAAAACC